GACAUUGUCAAGUUCCUUGAUCCUGUAAACAGCUGGUGCCUUUGUAAGGGUGAUGGGUGAAAACAGGAUUUUGAAGGCCACGUUUGCUGGGACUUGUUUGCUGGGUCCUAUGAAUCGGGAAAUUUCCUCAAGGGAGCAGGGGAUGAACCUUGAAGCCAGAUUCAAUCCCUAUCCCUCUGCAAGGACUGGUACCUUAAGUGCGUCUUUGGGGAGUAAGCUUGGCAAAUCUCUUGUUGAACCAACAUGUGCUAAAGGCAUUUGCUCUGGAGUCGGCCCAGCACCAGGUGCUCAGAGGCAGUGAAGCACAGUGAGAGAUGGUUUCUGAUUCCAAGACCAGGAUUUGGGAUUCUCUGCCCGGCUCCUGGGAGGACUGGAAUGGUGGCGCAGCCAGAUCUGGGAGCCUGCGCCACACUGGCUGCAUCCUGGCUAGGGCUCCAGCCUGUUCGGGCCAGUCCUGAUCGCAGUGGGUCUGAGUCAGGCUGGAGGGGUUGGCUGUGUGCUGAAGGCCCAGUGAGCUGCCUGCUAAUGGGGUUGGGCCACCCUGUGCUGCUCCCGGAGGCUGGACAAGGCUGGGAUUGUUUUCUGGCUCCUUUGUCUCCCAUCCCCUGGCCUGCUGGCCUGCCACUCUCCUCCCUCCCGUUGGCCUGGCUGGCAGGAGCACCCGGGCCUGCUGACCCACCUGCUUGGGAGCUCCAGUCAAGCUCUGGGUGUUCUGGGAAGACGGCAUCGUGUCUGGCUACCGCCGCCCCACCAGCUCGGCCUUGGACUGUGUCCUCAGCUCCUUCCAGAUGACCAACGAGACUGUCAACAUCUGGACUCACUUCCUGCCCACCUGGUAUUUCCUGUGGCGUCUGCUCGUGCUCGCGGGAGGCCCGGGCUUCCGGGCGGAGCCCUACCACUGGCCGCUGCUCGUUUUCCUGUUGCCCACCUGCCUCUACCCUUUCGCGUCGUGCUGUGCGCACACCUUCAGCUCCAUGUCGCCCCGCGCGCGGCACAUCUGCUACUUCCUGGACUACGGCGCGCUCAGCCUCUACAGCCUGGGCUGCGCCUUCCCCUACGCCGCCUACUCCAUGCCGGCCUCCUGGCUGCACGGCCGCCUGCACCAGCUCUUUGUGCCCGCCGCCGCACUCAAUUCCUUCCUGUGCACCGGCCUCUCCUGUUACUCUCGGUUCCCUGAGCUGGAAAGCCCUGGGCUCAGUAAGAUCCUCCGUACGGGCGCUUUCGCCUACCCCUUCCUGUUUGACAACCUUCCUCUCUUCUAUCGGCUGGGACUGUGCUGGGGCCGGGGCCACAGCUGUGGGCAAGAGGCGCUAAGCACCAAUCAUGGCUACCACCUGUUGUGCGCGCUGCUCACUGGUUUUCUCUUCGCCUCUCACCUGCCUGAGCGGCUGGCACCGGGACGCUUUGACUACAUUGGCCACAGCCACCAGCUCUUCCACGUCUGUGCAGUGCUGGGCACCCACUUCCAGCUGGAAGCGGUGCUGGCUGAUAUGGAGUCUCGCCAAGCCUGGCUGGCCACACAGGACCCCCCCCUGGGCCUGGCAGGCACAGUGGCCACGCUGGGGUUGGCAGUGGCGGGGAACCUGCUCAUCAUUGCUGCCUUCACAGCCUCCCUAUUUCGGGCCCCUAGUACAUGCCCCCUGCUGCAGGGUGGUCUGCCGGAGGGGGGUGCUAACGCCAAACAGCAGUGAGGCCUUGCUGGGGAGGAGCCCAGACCCAGACCUGAAAAGGUGUGGGGCACAUAGGAGCCUGGAAGCAAACGUGACUGAGAGAGUGCAGAGGAGAGAAGGCAGAGGAGAGGAGCUGGUGGGGCUGGCAGAGAGC